AAAUCGAUCACCUGCUUGUUUUGCUAUUUUCGUGCCUAGCAGCGAUAAGAUCGACGACUUUGUGUCCCCACCACAAGAGCAGCCGCGACGAAACCAGAAUCGGCACAGAUGACCAAGCUGCCAUGGCUGACCAGAACUGUUCUGUGGCUACUUAUAGAACCUAUCGUGUGUCCGAAAGGGUGUGGCAUGAGCGCAGGAAGCAUCACUGCGGUAGAUCUGUAUCGCAUGCAUUCUUGCCGCUUCAGCGGACUCUUUCUCAUCCACAGUAGUGUACGGCGGCAUCUGAAGGGAAAGAGAAAAGACGAAUUUGCCCGCUGGUGGGCGGCGCAACGUGAAGCCAGUCAAUGCAUGAUUGAAAGGCCAAGCGUUGUUCCUAUUUUAGUCAUUCACAAACACAUAAUCACAAAGCGAUGUACCGAUUCGAUACGCAAAUUGGCUUCAAAGAUCAAGAUGAUAUUUGGAUGAAUUUGGAUUCGAUCGAUUCACAAAGAACAUUACGAUAGCCGAGAGUUAACACAAGAGAAGCUUGAUCCUCUGAAUAGUCAAUCUAGUGCGCUCACAACGUAGUCUCUGACGAGACCAGCCAGAUAAAUCGUAUAAAGUACACAACCAUGCUCACCCCCUUUUG